AGUUUAAAGAUUAAAACAAAAAUGUUAAUUUUACCCAAACACAUACCUAUAAAUAGUAAAAUCAGAGAAACUGAUCAUUUUGCAAUGGUCUCUAAUUUUUUCCAGAGCUGUAUACCAUUAAAGUCAAAUGCAUUAGGCAUACUUGUUUUCUUUAGAUUUUUUUGGGGGGAGGGGGGUUAAAUUGUACAGUUAAAUCGUACACCGGCCAUUGGAUAACACAUAAAAUAAUUAUACAGCACUUUGUGGCCCUUAUUAAACUAUAUUAAUUUGUAUAUGCCAAUUUGACGAGAUUCACUGUAGAGCUUAGUUUGAUAUAGCGCUGUCAGUAGGUGAUGCUCAAACACGAUUCCCCUUUCAUCUGCAUAAAUCUAGAAGUGUCUGAAAUAACAUUCAGGAAGUAAAUCAUUCUGCUGCUUUUAAGAGAGCAACUUUCAGAGCUGCGUGUCUAGCAAAGCAACUUUGUGACAACAACAUAAGAUCCUUCAGCGGCGCUGGACCCGGGUUGUUCUGACAAGUCUGAGAAGCUUUUCAUUACGCUUGAACUCUGGAAUAAAACAGCAGCACCGCAUCCCAGGAACAGAGGAGCAGAUUGCUGUUGGAUCGCCAGUGAUUUUGGAUAUUAGCAAAGGUCGAACAAGGAGAGUGAAAAUGCCUCGGUCCUUCUUGGUGAAAAGUAAGAAGGCGCACAGCUACCACCAGCCCCGCUCCCUUGAAGAUGACUACAAUCGACUGGAUACUAUCUUAGCUCAUAUAUGUGCGGAGAAUAGUAAGAUUCCAGAGGACUUGGAUGCCUUGACUGGCGGCGAUGCCAUAGGCGGGUUCUCCCCGGACUCUCACCUGGCUGACACGGCUGAUUUCUCCAAGUCCCCGCUCAGCUGUGGGGACAGUGUGUGCGGUCCAGCCUCGGAUUAUGAAGACUUCUGGCGGCCUCCAUCGCCCUCAGCAUCACCAGUAGAUUCUGAUAAAUCCCUGUCUCCCUCCGUGGACGAGACACAACCCUUUGCUGUUCCAUUCCGGCCCUAUGCAUGGAACAGUUACUCUGGUUCUGACAUUCGGCAUCUGGUCCAGCAAAGUCUCCACCACCAGCACCACCAUCCCAUGGACCUGGACCGGAGCCCAGCUCUGGGUUACUAUGGUGACCGGGCCAUCGAACCGAACCUCUUCGAGGGAAGCCCGGUACCUGAAAAUUACAGUGAUUACAGGGCCGCUGCCUGUUUGUUCGAUAGAGCCACCGCCCCCGGGGUUGGGUUGUACUCGGAAGGGAACCUGCAGGGGAAAAGCUCAGAAAUCAAGGCUGAGUCUGACCUUCUGUGCUCACGGCUCAUUCUGAAUGGUGCCUACAAGUGCAUCAAAUGCAGCAAGGUGUUUUCGACUCCCCAUGGGUUAGAGGUUCACGUUCGCAGAUCACACAGUGGCACGAGGCCCUAUGGUUGUGAUAUAUGUGGCAAAACCUUCGGACAUGCUGUCAGCCUCGAGCAACAUAAAGUUGUGCACUCUCAGGAAAGAAGUUUUGAUUGCAAAAUCUGUGGUAAAAGCUUCAAAAGGUCGUCGACUCUCUCUACGCACCUCCUCAUCCACUCGGACACACGGCCUUAUCCAUGCCAGUAUUGCGGGAAGAGGUUCCACCAGAAAUCAGACAUGAAGAAACACACAUUCAUCCACACAGGUGAGAAGCCGCACAAAUGCCAGGUGUGUGGGAAAGCUUUCAGCCAGAGCUCCAACCUCAUAACGCACAGCCGGAAACACACGGGCUUCAAACCGUUCGGAUGCGACCUCUGCGGCAAGGGAUUCCAGAGAAAAGUCGACUUAAGAAGGCACAAAGAAACCCAGCAUGGACUAAAAGCCUCAAACUAAAAUCAAAUAAUGGACACCAAACACUAUUCAACAAACCACUUUUUUUUGGAAACCGGAAAUAAGCUAGUUAUCCAUUCCUCAAACAUGUUAGACUAAGACAUACUGGUGGAGUAUUGUAGAGGCUUUUGUGCAGUAUUGGUUAAGACAAAACCGGUUUGAACCAGGGAGGGACAUUAUCUGAACCCAAAAUAUUAGUACAAAAUAACCGGAUAGGCAAUAUAACCACCAAGAAAGCGCAAAAACAAAAACAACAGACGAACAAUUUCCAACGGACAGUUGGGAAAACAGCCCUUGUCUAAAGAAUGUCACUUUGUUUUCAGUUGGACGCCAUGGAUGCUGGCACAACAGUCACUACAACAAGGCUAUGUGAUUUAAUAAACAAAAGGUUUGUGCUUUUAUUUUAUAAACCAGAAAAGUUUUCAUUUUUUUCAUUUUCGUUCUUCCAAUUCAAAUUGCACAUUUGUAUUUUAUAUCAACCAGACUGUAUAUCCAGAUGUUGUUUACUAUCAUACUAUACCUUAUUUAUUGACCAGAUUAUCAUUUGAAUAAAAUAUGAAAACUGUAAUCCAACAUAUUUUGAGAGUUUUGU